AUGACCAAUCUUAAACAAUUGAAUGCUCAAUAUUUGGGUUACCUUGUGAAAUACCCACUUUUAACCAAAGCUAUUACUGCUGGUUGUCUUGCUGGUUUGAAUGAAACUAUUGCUUCAAUAAUCACUUCUGAAUUCAAUGAAUCCAAAGUCUGUGGAGUUAGAAUUAAACAUGUUUUCAGUCAAAAAUUAGUGAAGAUGAUGUUUUAUGGAGGUUUGAUUUCUACUCCAUUAUCUCAUUAUAUGUAUCAUAUCAUUAAUAAUAAGAUCUUUAAAGGGAAAUUAAGUAAAUUGGGUAAGAUUUUACAAAUAUUAACAUCUUUAUUUACUGUUACUCCAACCAUUACUUGUGUUUUUGUUAGUUGGAUUUCAAUCAUUAAUAAUUAUAAGAUUUCAGAAGGGUCAUUCGAUUUGUGUCAAGAAAUUAAGAAGAUUGGUACUGUUGUUAAGAAUGGUUUGAAAGGUGGAUAUAAACCUACUUUAAAGACUGCAUUGGGAACUUCAUUCUGUUCGUUAGUUAUUGCUCAGAAUUUCAUUGCACCUGAAUUAUGGGUUGUUUUCUUUAAUAUUGUUUAUUUCUUCUUAGGAACUUAUCAAAAUACUAAAUUAAAAACUUUACAAAAGAAGUUAAGAUUACAAAAAUUAAAAGAACAAUCUGAAGAAGAAGAAAAGAAGCAAGAAUAA